UUUAAAAUUAAAAGUGUUGUCAAUUUAAAAAAAAAGGAAAAUUCAUUAAUAUUUAAAUCAACGAAAAAACUAUUUCGUAAUUUUUAAAGUAUUCGAGGUUAUAUUCGUAAGCGUAUAUACAACUUCUUUAUACAAAAAUAUGUAUUAUUAUUAUAAGCUAUCUGACGCAUUGAUCAAACCACUUGAACUGGCCUAGAAACGGACGCAUUAUAGGAGUAAACAAACAAAUGCAUAUCUAUUGUCAAUCGUAAUUACACGAUUGAAUUUCUCAAUUAUUUGUUUGUUUAAGAAUAUAAUCAAUGAUUUUGUGGUAUUGUUAAUUUAAUAGUGUAAAUACUCGAAUAUACAUUAAUACUUCAAUCAUUUGAGAAUCAUUUAAACACAUGGCUAGCACUUCAAAAAAACAAACUGGCACAAAAAGAAAAAAUUCUCACAAAGUAGAAUUGACUGAAGAGCAGCAAAAUGAUAUACGAGAAGCCUUUGAUCUAUUUGAUCCUGAAGGAACUGGUAAAAUAUCUACAAAAGAGCUAAAAGUAGCUUUUAAAGCUCUUGGAGUUGAACCGAAAAAGGAGGAAUUGAAAAAAAUAAUUACUGAAAUAGAUCCUGAUAACACAGGCGAAAUAACUUUUGAUGAAUUCCUAAGUGUCAUGUCUACGAAAAUAAGUGCAAAAGAUAGUAUGGAUGAAAUUUUGAAAGCGUUUCGUUUAUUUGAUGAUGAUAAUACAGGAAAGAUUACAUUAAAAAAUUUAAAACGUGUUGCAAAUGAACUAGGAGAAAAUUUAACAGAAGAAGAGUUACAAGAGAUGAUUGAUGAAGCUGACAUAGACGGAGAUGGAGAAAUAUCGCAAGAAGAAUUUUUACGAAUAAUGAAAAAAACACAUCUAGUUUAACAUUAGGUAUAAGUAUUUAAUCAACAAGAUCUUUGUAAAAAAUUUUUUUAUUGAAAUAUUAAAUAUUUUUCAGACUUAA